UAACCUAUGGUUUACUCUAUUCUCAUUUCCAUCGAAUCAAUUUUGCAUUUCAGAAAAAUCAAAUAGAGAUAACCUAAACACCCAUGAUUGGACUGCUCCCAGCCACCAGCCAGCGUUUCCGGCCGGGAGUCCGACGCGACCUCCAUCCAUUUCGACGAAGCUCCGACUCCACCCUGCAGCCACCGCAAUCGCUUCCGAUUCCGACGCAGGCAGCCUAAUACGCGGCCAUCUCCCCCGAUUCAACGCCAUGAACACCACGCCGUAUCGAAUCGCAAAUAGCUCCGUCGCCGGAACCACAAAAUCAAAUUCUAAGUCUACCCUGAGGGCCGAAGCCCAAACAAAAGAACCUACUGCACUACAGGACUAGCAACAAACACACCCUCUAAAUCUACCUUAAGAUUCUGAAGCACAAAAUCAGGAGGAUCCCAAAAAAUUUGGCACUCCUCUUUCAAAAUUCUCCCUUCUUGAGCAAGAGCAUUAGCACAACCAUUUGUUUCCCUAUUCUUAUCAACAAUCUCAGCAAAAUCCAGAGCAUCUAUCAAGUGAAGAAUUUGGUACUGCAGACUCGAAGUCCCAUUAAUCUUAUGCUUGGCUUUAGAAAGAAGAUUCACUGCAGCAGAAUUGAACCAAGGAGUUCCUGGUAAAAAUUUGUGGCAAUUGAUUAUUGGAAGUUACAAAACAAAUUCACUAAUGUCUAGCGUGGGUCCUUAUACCAACCCAAUUGGGUUUCUUGAAAGUAACACUUACUAAGUCUUUAGGCAUAGUCGCACAACUUAUUUAAUGCCAAUUCAAUCUAUUCAUACUGAAUCUAGUAAACUACUGACAAAACUUUACCUUCAUUGCAUAACAAUCUCUCAUCACAGCACAAAUAAAUACCCUUCAAUUUUUGUCAUUACUACUAUUAUUAUUGAUCUACAUUCAUAUUGAUAUUGAAGUAGAAGGAGAAAACUUUCUAAACAAAAACUAUAUACAGUUGUAUUAGUAGUGUACCAUUUCUAUACAUUAUGAAGUUCCAAACACAUUCUUAUCUAUUUUCCACUACAUUUCUCCGUUUGACAAUAUUUUUAGUUAUUUUUUGCAAAACAAAGGCUGUUUUGAAACUGCUGCCAAAUGUUUCGGUUACAACGGUGUUUGUGUUUGGAGAUUCAAUCAUGGAUACUGGAAAUAACAACAAUAUGUCAACACCGUCUCGGUGCAAUUACCCUCCUUAUGGAAGAGAUUUUAAAGGAGGAAUUCCAUACGGAAGAUUUAGCAACGGAAAAGUUCCGUCUGAUUUUAUAGUUUCAGAAUUAGGAAUAAAAGAGUAUCUACCAGCAUAUUUGGAUCCAAAUCUGCAGCCUAGUGAAUUGCUCACAGGUGUGAACUUUGCAUCUGGUGGUGCAGGAUAUGAUCCUAUGACAUCAAAAUUAGAGGUAGCUAUAUCUAUGUCUGGACAACUAUACUUGUUCAAAGAUUACAUUUUGAGACUUAAAAGACUUGUUGGUGAAGAUAGAACAAAUUUCAUCUUAGCCAAUAGUCUCUUUUUUGUGGUAUUAGGAAGCAAUGAUAUUUCUAACACAUACUAUUUGUCUCAUAUGAGACAAGUGGAAUAUGAUUUUCCUACUUACUCUGAUUUCUUAGUCAACUCAGCUUAUAGCUUCUACAAGGUAAUUUUGAACUUUCAUCGAAAAUAUUUCAUCCACUUUUAAUUUUUUCAACACAUGUUAUUAAGGCUGUUAAAAAAAACUAGGAACUGAACUAUACCGUCGAACCAAACUGUACUGAAGUUAAAAUAACUGAACCGUUAUUUUUGGUUAGUGAAUCAAAUCAUAGUGUACAAACAAUUUUAGAACCAAAGUAGAUUGAAUUCGUGGUUGGUUGGGUCAAAGUAACAUUAUGCAACUUUCAGAUGUAUGUAUCUAGAAAAUCGGGUAUAAGGAAAGUUGAACUGCGAUGUAACUGACAAUGCAGGAUGGAUAUGAGUUGGCAUAAGAGCUACUACUAGAACGGGAAAGACUGCAACCUUUUGGUCAGAUAGCAUAAAAUAUUGUACUUCUCUACUAUGCUUCAUAAAGUACAAGAUUGGAAAGGUUUCUUCAGAUGGCUGAUGAUCAACCUUAUAUUAUUCCUCAGAUGGUUCCUACUCUACAUUUCAGGAUUUGAAUAUAUGCAUAAGUAUGGUGCCCUUCGGUUCGGAGCUGCGUUGGAUCUUAGCUCCGCCGGUGUUCCGUUGUGCUGGUCUUUUUCUUGGUGGUAGCUCCAUAAUUUCAAUUGUGUAACAUCAUUUGUUUUGCGGUUUUAGGGUGAUUUAGUAUAUUGUAGAUGCUGAAGCAGGCAGAUGGUUUUUAGGCUGGGUCUUGUUGUUUUAGCAGUAGUUUUUGUAUUUA